AUGGCAAGCGCACAACAAGGAAUGCACAAUCUCACCACUAUCUUGAAACGACUUGAAGCCGUUACAAGUCGACUAGAAGACGUGGCAGUCUCAUCUUCUUCACCGGCACCCACUACCUCACUCAAAUCACCUACUUCUUCAACGCACGACAACGUUGCGGGUCACGUAGCAGCACCUCCAGCGCCGCCGCCCCCUCCUCCUCCCGCACCUCCAGCCGCGGAAGAAGCGGCAUCCACUCCGGCAAUCAAGGCUUACGAAGAUGAGAUCAUCCAUGGAUCGUUGAGGGAUUUCAUCGAAAAGGCAGAUGAAUUAGGUGGACCCGUAAAAGAACACUCAUCACUCUUACCUGCACUUUGUGAAGCUCAAUUAUCGUUCCUCAAACUCGCUUCAAACCAUUCCAAACCCACCGCGCUCGGACCAUUACUCGAACCCCAAGGUAAAGCUAUUCAAGCUAUCUUAGAGAGCAAAGACAAAUUAUCAAGAACCAAGGAAGGUAGAGAUUGGAAUGUAUGCUUCAAUACCCUCGGUGAAGGUGUACCUGCUUGGGGCUGGGUGCAAGUCGAACCAGCACCUGCUCCCUACGUAGCUGAGAUGAAAAAUGCUGCUCAAUUCUGGUCCGACAGAGUGAUCAAACAAUACAAAGAGACGAAUCCAGCUGCUGUAGCUUGGGCUAAAGCUUUCUCUCAACUCUUGACUUCCCUCCAAGCUUAUGUUAAACAAUGGCAUACCACCGGUGUAGCUUGGAACCCUCGAGGUCCACCGGCUCCAUCAUCCGUCCCAUCUGCGUCACCUUCAGCUCCUCCGCCUCCACCACCACCACCAAUGGCAGCUUCUUCUGCUUCUGCCCCUGCAGCUGGAGGUGCCGCAGCUUUACUUGCCGAUCUCAACAAGGGAGGAGCAGUCACAGCUGGGUUGAAGAAAGUGGACAAAUCUCAAAUGACACAUAAAAAUCCUGAUUUACGAUCUUCUGCCGUCGUACCUGACAACAGUGCAUCAGCCAAGAAAGCACCUCCACUCAAACCUAAACCCGGUGCUGCACCACCUAAAAAACCUGCUAAAUUCGCAUUGGAAGAUGGCAAUAAAUGGAUGAUAGAAUAUCAAGAAGAUAAUAAGGAUAUAGUCAUUGACCAAACCGAGCUCCAUCAAACUGUCCAUAUAUUCAGUUGUAAGAAUUCAGUCGUCAAAAUCGGUGGUAAGAUCAACGCUGUAACGAUGGUCGGUUGUAAGAAAAUGGCUAUUAUACUUGACUCGGCCGUAUCAUCGUUAUCCAUAACUUCAUCACCUUCGUUCGAAGUACAAAUCACAGGAACUAUCCCGACUGUUCAAAUCGAUACCACCGAUUCUGGACAAGUCUACUUGUCCAAAGAAUGUAUGGAAACCGUUGAAAUCAUAACUUCCAAAACAUCUUCUAUAAAUAUCUCGGUACCGACAGGACAAGAUGGUGAUUUCGAGGAAAGACCAGUACCGGAACAGAUGAAAUCCAAGGUUGUUAAAGGCAAAUUGAUCACCGAGAUCAUCGAACAUGCAGGUUAG